AUGAGGGAAAUAAUUCAAAUGCAGGCAGGGCAAUGCGGCAAUCAAAUUGGUGGAAGGUUUUGGGAGAUGAUCUCAAACGAACAUGGCAUUAACAGCGAUGGAAAAUAUGUUGGCACAGAGAGGGACACCCAAUUGAAACGGAUUAGCGUCUAUUACAAUGAAGUGUCCACGGACUCUUACGUUCCACGUGCAAUUUUGGUUGAUCUUGAACCAGGAGCAAUAGAAACGAUUAGAUCUGGUCCAAUCGGGAAAAUGUUACGUCCAGAUAAUUUCAUUUAUGGCCAAGGUGGAGCUGCUAAUAAUUGGGCAAAAGGUCACCUCACGGAUGGGUCUGAGUUAGCAGAAAGUGUGAUGGACGUAUUAAGGAAGGAAGCAGAGAGUUGUGACAGUCUUCAAGGAUUUCAAAUCACCCACUCUCUUGGAGGAGGAACGGGUUCUGGUAUGGGAACACUAUUGAUGUCAAAAAUUCGAGAAGAAUAUCCGGAUAGAAUUGCAAGUACCGUGAGUGUUUUCCCGAGUCCAAAGGUGUCGGACACUGUUGUGGAGCCCUACAAUGCGAUCUUAGCUCUCAACCAACUUCUAGAAAGUACCGAUCAGACAUUUGCAAUUGAUAACGAAGCAUUAUAUGACAUUUGUGCUCGUACGCUGAAACUGCCGUCACCCAGCUAUCGCGACCUGAACCAUCUUGUUUGUUUGGCAAUGUCAGGUAUUACUACAAGCUUAAGAUUCCCAGGACAAUUAAAUGCUGAUUUGCGGAAGUUAGCCGUUAAUAUGGUUCCCUUUCCAAGAUUACAUUUUUUUAUACUUGGAUUUGCUCCUCUUACUGCUCGUGACAGUCGAGAGUACACUGCUGUUACUGUUCCGGAAUUAACAAAACAGAUGUUCGAUGCAAAAAAUGUGAUGGCUGCUUGCGAUCCGCGGUUUGGAAAAUAUCUAACUGUAGCUACAAUGUACCGGGGACCAGUAUCGAUAAAAGAAGUUGAAGAACAAAUGUCUCAAAUUCAGAACAAAGACAGUUCGCAGUUUGUUGAGUGGAUUCCUAAUAACAUAAAAACUGCCGUGUGCAACAUCCCACCGUACAAUUUAAAAAUGGGAGGAACCUUUAUUGGAAAUACCACAUCAAUUCAGAAUAUUUUCAAACGCAUUUUAGAACAAUUUACAUCAAUGCUUCGACGCAAGGCAUUUAUACACUGGUAUACCAAUGAAGGUAUGGAUAUUAUGGAGUUCUCCGAGGCAGAAUCUAACAUUAGUGAUUUAAUCUCCGAAUAUCAGCAGUACCAAGAAUCAAGUGCAACGGAGGAUGAACUUGAAGAUGACAUUCUUUCUAACACCCUGUCUGAUUAAUUAGAUAUUAAUCUUUGUUUACUGCUGGUCAGUAAAAAAGCAAAAGUCUGAUUAGUAUGUUUAUUCGAUUCGUCAAUUCUUGAGUGGUCUAAAUAGUCGACAUAUUCUAAUUAUCUAUCUUCUUAUAUUGUUAUUCUUUUCUAUAGUUUAAUAGUAGUUUUAACAAGUGUGAUCACGCAGCGGAAAUAUCGCGCUAAAAAAAAAAUAUGCUUUAAGCCUCAAGCGUGAAAACUGCUAUUAGCAUCGGCCAUCGAGUCACGUAAUAUAUUUAUCCUAUUUCAUUUCUACUGACAGAUUUGAGUAUUUUUUAGCGUAUUUCUAAAUUACAUAAAUAUAAUUUGUCUAUCAUUAUUUUGGUUUUAUCCAGUUUACUACAUUGGUGCUAUUUCAGUAGUACUGACGUUUAUGUACAUGUCCAUAGACAUGAAUGUAUUACAGAUAAAGGCCAUAUAAGAAAUCCGUAUUGAAGAGUUAAUAAAUUUUGUAAAAAGUAA